AUGAAUAACGAUCAAGGUGACGAUAUAGCGAUGCAGGAAGAAGUGACAAAACAAAGAAUGUUGGCACAGAAAAAAGAAAAAAAAAUAAAAAUUAUUCGAAUAUUGACCGUCAUUGCAUACUUAGUGUCCGUAUCUACUGUGGCGACCAUGUUGUCUGCGUAUUAUGUUUUUAUCUGGAACCCACACGCUGCUAAUAACACUCAAACGCCCAACGCUGAAAGGUUGGUUAUGGCGUUACAAAGGGCUGGUGGUGAAUACGUUUUUGCUAAUAGCGCUGAUCACGAUUAUACAGAUAAUGGAAGAUUUACAUCUGAUGUACCAAACAGUCAUAAGACCAACGAUCAAUCCAACAAUCCAGAAAAGUCUAUUAAAUUGCAAACAUCAUCAACAAUCAAAUCUUCGACUUCUCACGUUCAAACGUCAAUCGGUAACAUUUCAGAAUCAUUAACUGUGGCGAACAAUUUGUCAUAG